AUGUUAUUCCUAUGUGCAACAACGGGCCACCUCAAAUCAACCUUCAACAGUCAAGACGAAACGAGUAAGAAAAGGAAAACAAAGACCAAAUCAAAGGAAGACAGUCUCGAGGCGGCCCCGUCGGCGGCCGUCGCCCCCGUUAUGAACUGCCUCGCCCGUGACUACCGAAUGAGGGGCCCCACGGCCCUCGACCGGCUCGAGGACUUUACUGGUACCCAGUAA